AUGUUGCUCCAUGUUUUGGUUGUAUUAACUAAUGUCAUUAUCACUAUAAAUGCACGCACUUUACCAGAACCAAUACGUGGAGUAGCAAGAAUUGGUACUAGUGUGCGUUGGCCUAAUGGAAUCGUGCCUUACGUAUUUGCAUCAGGAUAUACGGCUGACCAACAAGCAGCUAUCGUCAAUCGAAUGCGAAAAUUGGAAAGUUUCACAGCUAUCAAUAAUGCACGAUGUGUACAGUUUCGACCUAGUGUAUCAACGGAUGUGUAUUAUAUCACCAUACGAAAUGGAGCAGGCUGUUAUUCAUAUGUCGGACAAAAUACAGAAAUGACUGGUGAACGAACUGUAUCAUUGAGUUAUCCAGGUUGUUUUGAUGAUGGAAGAACUAUGCACGAAUUGAUACAUACAUUGGUGAAUUCAGGUCGCUGGUCAACGACAGGAGCACUUGCGAUAGCUCGUGCUUAUCACACAUCAACCGUUCUCUUGAAUGGCCGUGUCAUCACCGUAGGAGGAAACAUCAAUGGUAAUACCGUGGAACUUUACAAUACAACGACACAAAUCUGGAGUGCAGGUCCGCCAAUGACUGAUGCUCGAAUUCUUCACACUGCUACUCUCUUACCAGAUGGCCGAUUAAUCAUCACAGGUGGUUAUUAUAAUAAAUUUCUUAAAACAGUUGAAAUCUACAAUCCUACAACCAAUACUUGGUCAACUGUCAGCAGUAUGAAUACGGCUCGAUAUGGACAUCAAGCUAUCUAUUUACCAGCACCAUCAAACAAACUAUUAGUCAUGGGUGGACACGGAAACAACAGUGUCAUGUUACAAUCAUGUGAAUUAUAUGACUUUGGUACGAAUACAUGGACAUAUACAAAUUCGAUGAUUGAAAAACGAGUUUACUUCACAGCAACAUACCUUCCUUCAUUGAGUAAAGUAUUAGCUAUAGGAGGUACUGGUACCUUGUAUGGUUCAGCCGAAAUGUUCACUAUAUCAUCUUCUCAGUGGGUCCGUAGUGCAAAUACAAUGCCAAAUGAUAGAUACUUUCACACGGCCACAUUGAUUCCAGCUACUGGACAAGUUUUGAUUGUAGGUGGUUAUGACAAUCCAGAACGGACUUACAUUUUCAACCCGACGAACAAUUCUUUUACGAUCGCUGCAAGCAUGGGACAAGGACGAAGAGAAAUUAGUGCAACUUUACUGCCAUCCGGCUUAAUACUCAUUGCUGGUGGAUCCUUCAACAGUAGUUCACUCUGUCGUACGGCUGAGGUGUAUGAUUAUCGACUGAACAUAUGGCGUCCUGUAGCGAGUAUGAACGUUGCACGUUCCCUUCAUACGGCAGUUUUAUUGAAUGCUUCCUCACAAGCACCGGUGGUGCUUAUUACUGGAGGACAGAUAGGCAAUAGUGUAUCGACAUCUAAUUGUGAAUUAUUCAAUGUGAAUGGUUAA